AUGGGAUUUUCAUGUGGGGAUCACUUUGAAGAAAAGGAGAUGGAGUUUUCCUUAAUAGAUGAGACUAUUGCAACAACACAGAGCAGUAUCAUCAUGGAAGUGUACCAUCAUCCUCAUCUGAGGGUUGAUAACAACACAGAUUUCUUCCCAGUGGAACACCCUUUGGAGCCACCAGAUGAAGAUCGUCCUGUGAAAUGUCCAAUGCCUGAAUCUUCAGUCAUUAGUGAUGAAAGGAUGCAUGACAAGAGGAAAACAGAAAGCAUAAGAAGAAGAACAGCUGCCACGGACACAGAUGCCCCGGCUCGAGGGGUACGAAAGAGGCAUCACACUCUCACGCAUGGAUCUGGAGGAGACAUUGUGAUGACUCCAUUGAUGAGAAUGCCAAGUCUCCCUCCCCUACAAUCCCAGAAUAUCACUAUCUUUCAAGUGCUUCAGCAAUUGGACAAGUUUGAGUCUUAA